AGAAUUUCAUUAACAACAUAGACAGAGCACAUCCAGACAAGAGCAGCACUCCCAGAACAAACCCGCCAUGCUCAGAUCAUGCACUCUCCUCUCCUCCUUGCUACUCCUGCUCUUUGGCUCCAGCUCGGGGAAGUGUAAGCCUCAACAAGCCCAGAAGCAAACACUUGAUGUGGACAUUCAGAGGGUCCAACUAGUGGAGGCGGUCAAGAUGGGAAUCCUGAGCUCACUUGGGAUGGACAAGGAGCCCAGGAUCACCCAAAAAGCAUCUGAGCGAGAAUUGAGGAGGAUGUAUCAGCUCUACUGGGAAAAACUGAAAGAGAUGAGGAGAAAUUCUAGCCAGCCGACGGGAGCGACUGUGUCGACGGUGCUUUUUCCAGUUCCAGUGAAAGCACCUCAUUGGAAAGACCUGUCGCAGUUGCCACCCGGUCAACACAUGCAGUUCUACAGAGCUGUUUUCCAUAAGAACCCAAACAUCCAUCCGGAGGCUAUUUUAACCCGAUCUCAACUUCGGGUUUCCACGGCGACUCCAAUUCAACCAACGCACGUAAAGUCUGACAUUAGAAGGGAGAUUAAAGUCAAGCGGAUGAAGAUGGUGAACUCCACCGGCUGGACACACACGACCCCUCGUGUUGAUGUCUCAAAGAUGCAAAAUGUGACGAUGGACAUCGGCACCAAGGUGACAAAGUGGAUCAAAAGAGAUGAUGAUGAUACAGCAUUGGUUGUGGAUGUAAGGAUGGCUGUGGGUGAAAGCGAGCCAAUCAUCUCUCUGGAAUUAGACUUCAUUCCCCCCAAAGCAGCAACGAAAAGAAGGCUGCGUCGCUCCAACAAGGAGGACGAGUGCAACCAACAAGGAUGGUGCUGCCGCAAAUCCGUCAACGUGUCAUUCCAAGACAUCGGCUGGACCGAUUGGAUCGUGGCCCCAACGGAGUACACGAUGCAUUUGUGCGACGGCACUUGCCCGCACAACUACAAGCCGGCCAGCAUGCACACGCAGGUGAAGUCUCGCUUAAACCAGAUCAUGAACGGCGGCUCGCCUAGGCCAUGCUGCGUGCCGGCCUCCUACGAGCCCAUGGUCCUCAUGUACUACGACGGUAGGGGGAAGUUGAAACUGUCACCUUUUAGUGAUCUAAUAGUCACUAAAUGUCAUUGUGCCUAAGGCAGCCCAAACUCAUAUUGUAAUGUUUUUUUUUCUCACUGGACUUUUAUGUUUAAAUAUUUUAUUUAUUUGAAAAUGGUAUUUAUUGUCCGACUCCUAAACUACAUUCAUGUAUCAAGUGUGCCAUUGCUAUUGUUACAGCAUUUCAUAAAGCAGUGUUUCCCCAUUGCCAAUUGUUUGAGCUAAGGCACACUAAAUAUUUUGUCCCAUCAAGGGAUAAAAACUACCCAAACGGAUGUGUGAAAUCUAACAACAAAUGAUGGUUGGGCCUUCUUGAACCCAAAACCGAGUGACUUAUGGUAGUAGUGUUAGCCACUGAGCCAUUCAGCUAGCACUGACAUUUGUUAUAAAAGUUACGUUUGCUUCAAAUCAGUAUACCUCACCCAAAUCUUCAAUCCCAUCUACCGGGUCAACUUCUUAAGUUAACCUCAAUUUAAACGUAAAUCAGCAAUGAGCGGCUUAGGAAAACAACCCAGCAUUUAGGACGUGUAAAAACACACAUAAAAAAACAGUGGCAGGACAUACCGCAUUUUGUGCACUAUAAGGGGCACCGGCUUAUAAGGCGCACCUUCAAUGAAUGGCUCAUCCUAAAACUUUGUCCAUAUAUAAGGCGCACCGGAUUAUAAGGCGCACCUUUAAUGAAUGGCCCAUUUUGAAACUUUGUCCAUAUAUACGAUAUAUAUAUUUGGCCCGCGGGCCAGACUUUGGACACGCCUGCUGUAGUGGCUCAAUAUUGGUCCAUUUAUAAGGCGCACCUGAUUAUAAGGCGCACUGUCGGCUUUUGAGAAAAUUGGAGGUUUUUAGGUGCGCCUUAUAGGGCGGAAAAUACGGUACAUUUGAUACCUCGGCUUUUGGUAGGGACUUACCCGACUUUAUCGACUUUUCAAUACCACCACAAACUGUCAAAUAUAUCAUACUCACCAAAAAUGCUGAUUAAAUAGUGUUGCCUUGGCCACCUUUGGGUAGGACUACAGACAUAUAGAUGGAAACAUCUUAGCUCCUCAAUUAAGAUUAAGCAGAAAUAUUGCUCACUCUUUGCAGAGGAUAAAGAAAAUGUGACUAUUGCUAUAUUGUCUGUCUACAUGUAUCCUUUUACCAUUCGUGUUCAAAUAUCUGUGGCUUAAAAAGUGCGACAAGGAUGCUAUUUGGUAACACUUCUAUGGUGUUUUUUUGUGUUAGCAUUAAGCUAGCCGACUUUAAGGCAAACUAAUGUGGUUGUUUACAAUACACAUGUAACAUUCUCAGGUUAAUUGUACCAUCUGCUAUCUAGUCAAAAAGCAUUUUGUCAUUAUAUUGCCAUAGACAGAUUAUUUACCAAUUUUUUGGGUAAAAAAAAAAAUCCCUUGCACUGCAUGACACAGUAGUUGGAAUUUGGGAAUCACUGCUAUAACAUACUUUUUAAUUUGAUUGUCAUUUAUGUUGAAGGUACUGUAUUAUAUGACGAACAUUUUGUAUUGUCAUGAUUAUUUCAUUGCCGUUUUUAUUUAUCUAUACAGACCUGUUGCACUUGAAUUUAUAUCACCAACAAGGACAUUUCAUAAUAAACAUACGGGAAAUAAAAAGCUCUCAUGCUGUCAUCAAAUUAGUUUAAUGGUUUAUGAAGGCCAAGGUGUGUAGACUGCACUGCAAAUCAGCUUAUUGAUAACUUUGACAGUAUCUCCUUGACCCUGACACCACUUUGUAGCCUUGACCGAGGCGAGGGACAUAAAUGUUGCCAAGAAAAGUUUCCACGGUUUGAAUUGAGUGGAAAAGGCACCAGAUGUUAAGCACUGAUACAUUCAAACAAGAUUUUGUUCUAUGGCAUUCAUCCCGCCAUCCACACAACAGACACAAACCAAACAACAGUAGCCUGGAACAUAAACGAAAUAAAUAGAAUGACGAUUUAUCUACGCCCUGUCGUCUGGGUAGCGAUGUCACAUUUGUGCCAAUUUAGCACGCUGACUCUAAUGUGCCCAUUAAUGAAGGUUGUUCACGUCUUUAAGCUGGAAAUACAGUCCAUGUUGAAUUUGUUACAGGUUGGUUCUACAUUUUGUACUGUACACAAAGUGUUAAAUAGCCCAAAAAAUGAGAUCAGGUUUGAAGAAACAGACAUUCGAGGUUACGAAAUCAUCACAGGUUGUGUGAAG